AGGGCCUUGUCCUGUCAGUUGAAGGCCUGCAUAGAACAAAAGACUGAUUGCCCAACCCCCCAAGAGAAUUCUGCCUGCCUGCCUUCUAACUGAAACACUGGGUCUUCCUGGCUCUGUGGCAGCCUGUUGGCAUUCAGAUGUGAAUUGGGACAUCAGCUCUGCAGAUUUCGGACUUUCAGCCUCCAUAAUCUUUGCAAGUGGAAAGCUUUAACUCUGAAUUGGAAACUUCCUAGGUAUCUGAGUCACCCGUAGGACCAAAAUGGAGGAGACGCCACCGCAUUGCCUGUCCAGAUUGCCAGACAACUCUGCCCUGAAGCAGCAGGAGUUGCCCGCCCACCAGCUAUAUUUCACCGCCACAAGAGUCCUCUCUGCCUUUUUCACAAUGGGAAUAUUCUGCCUUUGUAUGGGCAUCAUCCUCAUAGUGUCUGCAAGGAGCACUCAGGAGAUAGAGAUUAAUUACACAAGAACAUGUGCAAAUUGUGCAAAACUGCGGGAAACUGCCUCUAAUUUUGACAAAGAAUGCACCUGCUCUAUUCCCUUUUACCUUUCAGAAAAAAUGAUGGGUAAUGUUUAUAUGUACUACAAAUUGCAUGGCUUCCAUCAGAACCUGUAUCGAUAUAUUCAAUCCAGAAGUAAUAGACAACUGAUGGGCAAAGAUGUGAAAGCUGUUGAGGACUGCUCCCCAUUUAAAACGUCCAACAGUAACACCCCCAUUGUUCCUUGUGGUGCUAUUGCCAACAGCAUGUUCAAUGACACCAUCAUUCUUUCAUACAAUAUUAAUUCCUCUGCACAAAUCAAAGUGCCAAUGCUAAAGAGUGGACUUACAUGGUGGACAGAUAAGUAUAUUAAAUUUCAGAAUCCAAGUUUCAAGAAUCUUGCUGAUGAAUUUAGAGGAACCACAAAGCCCCCAAACUGGCCCAACCCUAUCUAUGAGUUGGAUGAAAAGGAUCCAAGAAACAAUGGCUUCCUCAAUGAAGACUUCAUUGUGUGGAUGCCGGGAGCUGCCUUUCCCACUUUCAAAAAACUGUAUGGUCGACUCAAUCAAACACACCAUUUUAAGGAAGGCUUGCCUGCUGAUGCCAGGCUGGAGUGCAGUGGGGAGAUCUCGGCUCACUGCAACCUCCACUUCCCGGGUUCAAGCAAUUCUCCUGCCUCAGCCUCCCAAGUAGCUGGGACCACAGGCAUGCACCACCAUGCCCAGCUAAUUUUUGUAUUUUUUAGUAGAGACAGGGUUUCACCAUGGUCUCGAUCUCUUGACCUCAUGAUCUGCCUGCCUCAGCCUCCCAAAGUGCUGGGAUUACAGGCGUGAUUAACCAUUUUUUACCUGUUAAAAAAAAGCAAUUUUCUACAUGUCAACCUAAUAUUCAGUAUAUGCAAUACUAAAAAUGUGAAGUGUUGAGACAGAUCCUUAACAGGUCUUCUUAGAUUUUCCAGUAACCAGGUUCCAGGGAGAAAAAUCAGUUGUUCUUUCCACCCUGACAUGGUGUGGGGGGAAUAGCCUUUUCUUAGGUCUUGCCUACACAGUGACAGGAGCUGUGACAUGGUUGGCCUCCUUUGCCAUGAUGGCAAUUCACACGAUGCUGAAAAGCAAGAAAAGGUCCUUCUUCCAUCAAUAAAGUCAAGCUUUAAAAAGAAAAGGAGGAAGCAAAAAAGGACAGUGAACAGAAACAAAGAUAUCUGAAGGGCUUGAAAUGCCUGGGAUGUUUCAACAAUGGGAACUAGAACUGACUGAACCAAAAUCAAUUUCAAAUAGACAAUGAAGAGAACUUUAGAGUUAAAAAGAAGGAGAAGAGGGGAGGCAUAAUUAUAUGUAGUAAAAUGUCCUUGGAAUGGGGAGAAUAAAUCACCCUUGAACUCUA